AUGAAACAGAGGAGGAAAGUUGAACAUGGCCAGCAGAUGUCCCCUGUUGAUUUUAAGGUCAAGCUGAAAGACGAUUUGGCUGCCUUUUACUCAAAUAGAUACAGUACAAUACCGCUGUCACCACUAUUCGAGAAACACGACACUCCACUUGUAGAUUUUUACAUUUUGCCUGAAAUGAAUUUCAUUGAAAUACAAAAGAAAAAGCCAGCUUGGGAAGAGACUAAAACUCCAGUCAAAUCGUUGUCGGACGAAAUUCUGCAUCGCGAAAGAUAUCUUGUGAUAUUAGAUGGUUUAGACGAGUGGAUCCAUCCCGAAAAGAAAUGUGCAAAAGUGCCAAAAACGAUCCCUCAUCGUAAUGCACGUGAAAAGUGUGUAAUCCUAACCACGACAAGACCUUGGAAAUUAGGUGUUUUGAAUCUUAAAACUAGUGAAAUAGAUAAGAAAGUGGAACUAGUAAAACUAACCUCCGAGUCAGCACAGACAUUAGAGGAAAGAGCGAUUUCAAAAAUAAAGAAUUUGGAUAUUGCUGAAGCGGAAAAGCUGGCCAAACAAUUGAAUAAAAAAAUCAAAGAAAAUAAACUCGAAGAUCUGGAAUCCGUUCCCCUUCUUACGAUGUAUCUCAUUUGUUUAUGGUGUGACGAUAUUCCACUAGGACAGUCAAAGUGUGGACUAUAUGCAAGCAUUAUUGAACUCCUGCUGUCAAGAACUAUAAGCAAGUAUCCGGAAGUGGAACUAACGUGCGAACUCUCCCAGAGUGAUAUUCCACAAUGCUUCAGUGAACAUGAACAUUGUACUAAAUACUGCACAUAUCUGAAAGCUUUAGGACAAUUAGCAUUUGACACAUUAUUCAGUGAAACAAAGGAGAGCACUCUUGUUUUCAAUACGUCAGUGGCUGAUAAGUAUCUGUCACCAAAUUAUUUGAAAUUAAGUCUUGACUCGGGAGUAUUAACACAAAGUACAAUAAAGACAUUAACAAAACAAAUUUCUAAAGUUUCGUUUUCGCACAAAACAGUGCAAGAAUUUUUUUGUGCAUUGUACAUUAGCUGUCAAAAUGAAAGUGAUAUCAAAGAAAUUUUUCUUAAGGAAUGCAAAAGUUUGCAAAGUAUUCUUGACAUGUCGACAGUGUUUGUUUUCAUCAGUGGAAUCAAUGCAGAAAUCAUUUCAUCAAUAUCUCGCAAUUUCAUGCUAGUAAUCAGUGAAGAUAAGGUAACGAGCGAAUACAGGACUUCGACUGAUGAGGACUGUGACCCUCUGAAAGACAUACAAGACAUGUACAUUUCUUGUAUGAAAGAAAACACGAGCGACAAGGAACUCAAACUUUUCUGUCAAGAUUUUUUCUUUAGUAAAGAUUGUAAAGAAGAAAAAUACUUUUCACAUUUAACACGGCUUGUCGUAGAUCUACACAAUAAAAACAACAUGGAGUCAAUAAAUAUCAACACAGAAGAUGGUCCUAGUUUACGUGAAAUUAUUGAUUCUUGUUCACUCGACGAAUUGUUCCAGAUUAAUAAAAUAUCCUACUGGGGUCAAGGUGAACAAGCGCAGCUUCCUGCACUGUUGAAUAGGUCGCCGAAAUGUGUCACUGUUACAUCGCUUGAUCUACCUGGUUCUUGGAGCCGUGAAAUGUUGGAAACAUUACAGAAUAAUUCUCUGUUACAAGCAAUUUAUAUCCGAGGUUUCAAAAUGAGUCACGAUGAACUGAAUGACUUUCUGAAUUAUAUUAUAAACAGAAAAACAAUGACGGAGAUUAGAUUGAAGUGGUUAUCGUGUAUCGAGCAUGAUCGUUGGUCGUGUACUUUCAGUUUAGAUUUUUGUCAGCAUUCAGAUCUAAGGAAGUUAGUAUUAAGCGGGAUACCUAAUGUGUCACAAUUGAAAGUUAAUAGUCAAGUGAAACACGUGGUGUUGUCAUAUAUCAAUCUAGAUGAAAUGUCGCUGCCUCUUGACAUGCUAAGUAUUGAACAUGUUUAUUUGGACGGGGUAAACAUGUCUGCUUCAACAUUCCGUGAUCUCGUUAAGGUAGUGGAGAAACUUGCACACAAAGUCACAGUAACAAUAUUCGCGUUUAAGAUAAAACCGGAAACAGAGUUUGAAGACGUUAAACAAUAUAUACGUUCAUCUCAGAAUUUCCGAGUUACGAAGGAUAGUCCUACGUGGUUUGAGUUUGAAACAAAAGUUGAAAGUUAAGGUACUCAAUAACUCGGGCAGAUAGUGUCCAUGUAUAUAAAUAUUAUUCAUAAAACAAAUGUUACAUGUAUAUACACACUGCAUUUGACAUUUGUGUGACAUACAUAUGUGUACGUAAUUAAAUAUAAUGGCAGUUGCGUGUGAUGAAAAAAAACAUUGAAUGAAUUCUUGGAGGAAAAAAUGGACAUUCUUUUAUACACAAGUCCAGUUUCCCCUUAUACGUAAAAAAAGAUUGCCGGUAAUACUUCAAGAUCAAAGAUGAACUUCCGGUUGCUAGGCUACGCAUACAUUACCAUAAAAUACCUGGUAUGGCAGCUUGUUUCCGGCAGAUGGACAAAAGAAAUUCACCACUAAUACUUCACGAGCAAAGAUGUACUUCCGGUGCCUAGGCUGCACACACCAUAACAUACUUGGCAUGACCCCUUGUUUCUGGCUAUUGAACAGGACUGUAAUCGUAUUAUACCUAAACAUUUGUGAGAAAAACUGCAUUGAAUAUUUAAUUUUUAUUACCAGAUACAAAUCAUACUGUUUUACUUACAUUUAUCGGUAAAGAAAUGUCUUACUUUCACUUGUGUAAACAUAGUGCUUUUGAACUCAUUUUUCUACUAAGAAAAGUUAAUAGGUAAAGUUUUGUAUAUAAAUUAGUAUUAUGAGGAGGGUUUCAAAUAGUCACGCGCGCUGUCAUAAGUCAACUUCAUUCGAGAAAGAGUUUAAUUUGGCUUCAUUUUGUUGUUAAAUUCUAGCAAUGUUAAAGUGCUAUUUUACGAUAUUUAGUUUAAAAUUGCCGGGAAAUGGCUGUUUUAUAGCAUACAUCUAUACUGUUGCAAGUGAAUUUGCUGUGUUUGACAUACCAUACGGCAAAGAAGUUGCAGAAUUUUGUAUGGAGUAGUUUAAAUAUUAAAUUCAUUUUGUUUUAACAAAGAAAUAUAUUGUGAGGCAUGAUUUUAUGUUGUUAUCAAAAUCACGAUAUGUUUGCAUAGCACUAUACUAUAAAAUGUAAUAUUUUCACGGAAAAAUCCCUAUUUAUUUAAUAUGACUUGUAGUCCCUCUGUAGAAAAUUAUUUGUUUCUAGCAGAUAGCAUUCAUAAUUAUACUAGGAAGAACAUUAAUAUUUCCGAAAACAUUGUAAUGUCUGUAGAGGACUUUUAAUAACUUUGAUUGCAAAAAAAUAAACAACAUAAAACUGUGAAUCAUUUUUGUUUCAGAUGAUUGUGAUAAAAGUCUUUGAUUAAACAGUAGAUGAAAUCUUUUCUAUGAAGACUACUUGUUUUGUUAAAUUAUUGGAGUCACUUAAUGAAUGGAAUGACUAAUUUUUUAUCUCUACGAACAUGUUUAUACAGAUUCACUUAUUUCUACAUGUGAAACGAAAAGACGUUGCAAGAGAAAUAAUCAUUUCAUCAACAAACGUUGGUAUUACAUCGCAAGAAAAGGGGACUGCAGACUAUAUAAUAAAUACGACACAGUUACUUUACAAAUAUAACAAUACAUGAAGGUGUAUUUCUAAAGGAAGAUAAUCGUUUCCUAAGUUCUGAAUUAUAGCAAUUACCAUGUGUAUAUAUAUAUUUGAUACACUAUGGUACAUAUAUGGUCUGUACGCCUUAGGUAAUUUGUAUUAUGUAAAAUCUUUUUUGAGUUAGAUAAACCAAAAUUA